UGUUUUUCAAUUUUUUUUUGUUUCUAAAAAUAAAUUUUUUAAAAAAAUGCCAAAAAGAGGUUCUAGUUUUUAUUUGACUGAAGCUAAAAAUUCUGCCGAUUCGUCAUCAAAUGGAAAUGGACAUAAAACUGGCAAAAAUUCAACAAAUAAAAAUCAAAAUAUUGAAUUUUCUGGUUGGCUGUAUAAAUGGACAAAUUAUGUAAAGGGAAACUCGAAUGAUGUAAAUGGACCUUCUCGUGGGUCGAUAAAAAUGGAAGAGGCUAGUGUUCGCAGUGAUCAACAUGAUGGACUUAAUAUGGUUAUAACAGUCCCAUUUUCACCAAAUCUACAUUUGAGAGCAAUUAACGACUCGGACCGUUCAAAAUGGUUAAAAGCUUUGGAAAAUGCAAAACAUUUUGCGAUUAAAAGAGUUUCUUCCUUAGAAGAUGAUGAGAACGAAACAGAAAAAUUUUUGAGUAAAACACUUGAAUUGAAGGAAUAUCCACUUGGAGAUUUUGAAGGAAUGAAUAAAGAAUUGAAUGAAUUGGCUGCUAAAUUUUCAAACGAGUUGGAAGGGUUUUUGCAUUUUGCUGUUGGACAUUUAAACGCUGCAGAUGCCAAAAAAUGUGUGGCUAAAGCUAAUUCUGUGAAAAGUUUGAGAGACGGGACUUUAAAGUUAACCGAUCAAUUAUUGACAAAAUACAAAAAAGAAUGCGAAUCUCUUUGUCGUCUUGCCCACUCACAAAAUGAAAAACACCAAGAAUUACAGAGACAAUAUGAAAUUUUGGCUAGACAACAUCAACAACUUGAAGGGGAAGCUUUGAGACUUUCGGCUAGAGUGGCUGAUGAAAGUAGUAAAAAUACUGGAGGAUCGCUUUGUAGGUUUUUUUGGGAAUUUAAAAAAGAAUUUUUGAAAAUUUUUGUUGAUUUUUAUGAUUCUUUUCGGGUUUAAAAUGUUUUAAAAAUAAAGGGACACUAAGAGGAUUCGAACCCAGAACCCUCUCAGGCUGGAGUCAAGACCGCUAUCCACUAUACCAAGAAUAAAGGAUGACUGAUUUUUAAGAAAUUUCUUCACUCAAAAUCAAUAAAUUUCUCUUUUUAAUUUACGUAAAUUAAUAAAAAACGUGGAUUUAAAUUAAAAAAAAAGAUGAAAGGAAAUUCUUUUCCUUGAUAAUUUUUCUUUUCUUACAAAAUAUUUUUUUCUUCCAUUUUUAAUUUUUUUUCUUUAUUAUCGGUCUUUUCCUUUUUACAUAUCCAAAGUUUGCAAGUUUUAUCAGCAAAUAAAAAAAUAUUUUUUCUCAAAAGAGAACGGAUUAUAAAUAUAAAAGUAAACAAAAAAGAGAAUUAUAGGGGCGACAUUAUUUUGGAGACAGAAAAUCAAAACAAACUUUUU